GUCAACUAGCAGAAGCGUUCCUCCUAUUCUUCACAGGAGACGUGCAUCUCUUUCUCUCCCUGUCUCUCUCUGUCUCUCUCUCCCUUCUGUUUUAUUUCAUUUUCCGCCUGCAACACGGCGGUCCUGAUAUUGACGCAGCUCCAGGCGCUCUUUCUGUUCAACUAUAACUACACCUCUAGUAUUUUAUUUAUCGGCUCUUUUGUAAUCCGUGCUGUCCCGGCUGAGGAGGAAAGAAAGCCCGGAUAAGUGCAACUUCACUGGGCGUAGCUGGAAGAGGAAAAGCGCUGUAGUUUCGGUCAUCACUGUAGUUACCUUAGAGUGGGUGUUGCUGAUUAGCCUGCUAAGUCUUCAGCUCCUGAUCCCUCUUUGUUGAGACAGAAGACGAGGUAUUAAGCUAUUCUUAAAGCUAGAAAUAGCUGGUUCAAACGAGAUGAAACCGGACGGAGUUGAUGCAGCCACGAUGGAGCCAAUGGUAGCGCUAGAUGCAGAGCCUGCAGUUGAGGUGGCACCACUUGUGGAGGGCCAGGAACAGGCUCCGCCCGCUUCACAGACGGAAGAGACUGGACAAGGGGAACCACAGCCAGCUGGGACACCUGCUGCUGCCACCAAGACUGGCAAGGACAAGCCUGCAGACCCCAAAGCAAAGACAAAGGGUCCCACGAAAACCAAGACACCCACAACCAAGACAUCUGCGACCGCCUCCCGUCCCUCCACCACUCAAAGCCGCAUGACAAAUGGGGUACAGAAGGCACAAGCUAAUGGCGUUGCCAAGAAAACCCCGAGUGCAGCUCCAGAGAAGAAGACGGCGUCAACCACCGCACCCCCCAAAAAGCCUACUGGUGUUGUGACCACCAAGACUGCCACCAAGCCCACAGAAAAGAAGCCUGUUGGCACAACGCGGCCAGCCACUGCACCUGCAAAUGGAACGAAGACCACAAGCACGAUGCAGCCAACUAAGAAGACACCUGUUACAUCUGCGAAUGGGGAUAAAGCCAAACCAAAAACUGCAGCUCCUAGACCUGCCUCUGCAACUACCAUCAAGCCCAGCACCACCUCUUCUCCCAAAACUGAUAGGCCGCCUGUCUCCAAGACAACCAGGCCGGCCACAGGGACCUCCACUUCUCGCCCGGCUUCUGCUGCACCGAAGCCAGCUAGUACUACCACAUCCAAGACAUCUACAACUGCAUCAAAGCCCUCUCCUUCUACAACUAAAAUGACUACCUCUACUGCCAAACCAUCACCUGCUAAAACCACAGCUCCCCCUGCUGGUCGCACUCCAACCCAAUCUACAAAGACUCCUACACCCCUCAAGAAAGAUGUUAGCAAGCCAACCACUCCAGCAGCCAAGAAGCCAGCUGCCUCUCCCCUCACCCGCCCUGCCACAACCAAGACCACCAAGCCUGACACUCCAAAGGCAGGCACAGUGGCCAAACCAGAUUCUGCUAAGAAACCCUCCUCCCCCACAAAGGCAGCAGCAGAUGCCAAGACGAGUAAGCCUAAGGAGAGCAAGCUAGCUCCCUCAAAGGAGGUCACUGCUAGUCCCAAAACCCCUAGCACAAAGAACAGCACAGCCAAGAUGACCAGCCCUAAGAAAGCAGUGGGUAGCAGCACUCCAAUGCCAGUGAAGCGUGGUCCCAAAGCUGCACCAGCAGCUGAGCCUGCACCCAAAGAGAGUGAGAAAGAGGAUGUGGAAACAACUCAUCCUAUUGUUGCAGCCAUGGCUACUGCUGUGGCUGCUGCUGCUGUUGCUGCUGCUGCUGUUCCUGCUGCCACAGUCACUACAGAUGCUGAUAACUUUAGCACAGAAGUAGCUAGCGAGCCUGAAGUCCAUUCAGAGCCUGUGACUGAACUCGCAUCUGAACCCAAGCCUGAACACCUGCUUGAAACCAAAUCUGAACUUGUACCUGAAACCAAGUCUGAAUUUGUACCUGAGCCCUGUUCAGAACCUAUGUUGGAAACUGAGUCUGGGCUUGCACCUGAAGCUAUACCUGAACUUCUGCCUGAACCCAAGUCAGAACUUGCACCUGAACAGAAUUUCGAAUUCCAGUUGGAAACCAUGACUGAACUUGCAGUUGAGCCCAAGUCUGAAAUCCCAUUGGAAACUGCAAUGGACUUUGAACUUAAGCCUGAACUGACAACUGCACUGCUGCUGGAAGCAGAGUCUGAACUCCCAACUGAACCUGAACCCACUGUUGAAACCAUUCCUGCUGCCACUGAGGACAUGAUACAGGAUACUGAGGAUGGCCAGGAUAUUCUAGGCACAGAGAAAGAAACCGCUGAAGACAUGGUGCCCCAGCUGGCAGCUGAGUUGGACCUGGUCAGUCUCAAGGAGCCUACUGGUGCUACUUCUCCACUGGGCACUACAGUUAUGUCACCACCAUCCUCUCCUGCCAGAGCUUCACCUGUGCCUGUCGAAGCCCACAUCUCUGCUCCACUCCAGGAUAUGCAGGUUCCUGUUAAUCCCUGGGCAGAGAGUCAGUCCUUGUUCUCUGAGGAUCAGACUUCUGAGCAUCUGCAACAAGAAGGCAAGCCCCUUGGGGACUUCCUCACAGCUACAGAGUCUGCAGAAGAGGAAGUGGAAGAUGCAGAAAAGCAUGCCAGUCUUGCAGUGGAGCCCAAUCUGUUGAGUACCUCCCCUGUAGAGCAUUUCACUGGUGCAUCACCAACUUCACCUAGCCUUGAAAAAGAGGAGGCUGUUGAGAAAGCAGAGGAAGAGAUCAAUGAAGAUGACCAUGAUGAUUAUGAGGAGGAGGAGGAAGAGGAGCAGGAGGACGGGGAGGUUGGGAAGCCUGAGACAUAUCCUCAGAGGCCACAAGUAGAUGACUUCAACGUUGGACUGCCAGAGUUUGGUGGCUCCAGCUGGGGCAUGAUGCAUUCUGAAAAUGUUGGUGGCAUCAGCCAGCAAGACAAAACAGAGAGAACUUUUCCCUCUCUAAUUGAAAGACAUGAUGAUGAUGAUGAUGAUGAUGAUGAUGAUGAUGACUUCUCUUUGAAAAAAGUGGGAAUGGAGACAUCACCCACCCCGAUGGCGAGCCAUCAUGCUGAUGAAGAUGACUUCUGUCUCAAGAAAGCUGAAAUGGACACAGCUUCACCCACAGUAGUGGAGAGCCAUCAUGCUGAUGAAGAUGAAGAUGACUUCUGUCUCAAGAAAGCUGAAAUGGACACAGCUUCACCCACAGUAGUGGAGAGCCAUCAUGCUGAUGAAGAUGAAGAUGACUUCUGUCUCAAGAAAGCUGAAAUGGACACAGCUUCACCCACAGUAGUGGAGAGCCAUCAUGCUGAUGAAGAUGAAGAUGACUUCUGUCUCAAGAAAGCUGAAAUGGACACAGCUUCACCCACAGUAGUGGAGAGCCAUCAUGCUGAUGAAGAUGAAGAUGACUUCUGUCUCAAGAAAGCUGAAAUGGACAGAGAUUCACCCACCCUAGUGGAGUGCCAUCAUGCUGAUGUAAAUUUUGAUGACUUCAGUCUAAAGAAAGUAGAAAUGGAGCAACCAUAUAUGGGCCCUCCUGGAGUCAAAUCUUUCUCAGAUGAAGAGGAGGAGGAAGAAGAAGAGGAUGAGCAAGUUAGGGGGGUCAUGGACAGUGUCCCUGAGCAUCCUAAUGAACACCAAAUGGACUUGGGCCUUGAGCAGUCUGCCAGUCAUCACAUGGAUGUUCAUCAUCACCUCAAAUCUCAAGAAGAGGAAGAACAAGAGGAUGAAGAUGUUGAGAUGGUUAGUGAAAGCUUGAUGGAGACUGGCAUCAAAAGUGCUGGAAAUGUUGAUGAAGACAAUUAUGAGGAAGGUUAUAUGGACAAUUUGAACCGCACUGCUCCAGCUCCCUCUUUGCCCAUGACUGCAGCCUGGGGCCCGUCAAAUCCCUUUGCAGAAACUUGGGCCCAGCCCGCGUCCAUCCAUAUGACAUCCGAACCUUUAGACAUUGGUGCAGCUGAUCCGGAAAUGCCCGCAAAGUCCCCUGCUGAAGCCUGGCUGGAGCAACCUCUGGGCCAGUUUACUGAACCACAUCUUGAGGUCCAUGAAGAGAUGGAGAGCUCAGUUCCAGCAGAUGGAUCGACCCUGGGUGCACCUGCAAUAGGUAUGUCUCAGUCAAGCACCUUAAGUGGAGCAGCCUUGGCAGCCCACAGCAGCAGUGAGACAAGCACACCUGAAGAGCUUCGGGACUACGACAGCAGCUCAGGUGUGGAGUCACGCUCGGACAAGCAGCAGACUCCUGUGCCUGCAGCCCAGCCUGACCUGGAGCAGGACCUAGGGAUACACCUGGAGCGUGGGGAUGGUGAGGAGGAGGAGGCAGAGACACUCCCAGCAGAUGAGGUACUUGGGGAUGCUCCAACUGCACCAGCAUCUGCUCCAUCCUCUCCUUCUACCUCCGGGGAUGAGGCCAGUGAUACUGAAGGAGAGAUGCAGAUCAAUGACCCUGAUGUUCCCGUAGAUGACUCUGCAGCUUUUGACAGCCCUUCUGCUACUCGAAAUCUCCCUGCCUUGGAGGAAGAUGAGGAGGCUGCCGACAUGCAAGCUGGAGAAGAAGAUGGUGGUGGCACACCACAGUCUGCCAACUCUGUUGCCUCAUAUGGCUUUGACUGCUCGGCAUCCAACUCCAAUGCCCAUUCUACAGCUGAGAGCUGCGGGAAGAGUCCCGGCAUCUUCUCCCUGGAGAACGAGGACCAGCUUCCCGAAGAGGCCAAAGAUCCCUCGCUCAUCAAGGAGCUGACCCUGCCAGCUGCAGCUGCCCACCCUGAGGAGCUUCUGGGCUGCCCUGUGGACCUGCUUCCGCUGGGCCAGCAGGGGGAGUCACACAUCGGUCUGGAUGAUGACUACCUGAUGUGCGGAAAGACAGGAGCAAGUGCACUGGAGGAGGCUGACCCUGAGUCACCCAUGCACCUCUCGCCCCAGCACGGGGGCAACACCGACAGCCAGCCACCUUACUUCUCUGCCAUAUGCGAUAAGACUGAUAGCUUUCUGGCAGGUAACGUAUAAAAUCCCUCCUUUCGGAAUGCACCGUUAUCUUCCCCCAUCCCCUGAGAAAACCCCACCCCGCUCCUUUUUUGUCAUUUUGUUUUCUUACAAGAUGAGGUAAUUGCGUAGAAAACAGGGAGAAGACAUGAUAAUGGGGUAAAAAAAGGGACAUUGGGAGGGGGGACUGUAGGUUUGUCAGUGCUGCUUUCCCUUUCUUACUACUAUUAUAGUCAUGGUUAUGAUUGUAUGGCUUAAACUUCUGUAUGUACAAUAGGUAUUCUCAUUUUCUAUUAGAAUGUACUUCAGUAACACUGCAUACUAUGGGACCCCUGAACUUGGAUUGAUAGACUGAGAUGUUGUGAAGUCCUUUAAUGAAAAAGGAAAAAACAAAGAUUUAAAAAAAAGAAAAGAAACACAUUGGAUGGACCUGUGUUUGUAUUUAUCCUACUGUUUUUACCGAACAAAAUGUCAAAUGAUUUUUUUAUACUUUUUUUUUAUUGUUUUAAUUUGUUUUGUCGAUCCCUGUCUUGCCUACCGUUUGUACAUGUCAGUUCUCCUGCACUGUAGAAGUAGCCUUAAGCCCUUUUUUUAAAAAUUAUUCCUGUGUCAAGAACUAACUGUUUUAGCACUAAUUAAGGGUAGAUACUCUUCCAGAGUCUUUGCACUUUGGGUGUUUUUCGAUGUAGGGAGUUAUUGAAAUGUUAGAUGGCAAGCCAUGUUUCAUUUUUACAUUUUUUCCUACUAUAAAAACAAAACAAAAAAAUAAGGCACAUUUUUGUGAAGGAUAACUUUAUCAUGGCGCGUAAUGUCACAUGCCACAAGUGUUUUUAAAGUACUUGAGUGAUCUGGCUUUGUUGAUUUGCAGUAGUUGGACAUUUUACCUUGGAUCAAACUAACGAUUUCUGUUGGAAAACAAAAAUUUCUCAACUUUUGUACUCACUUGAAUGUUGCUGGUGAGUAUUGGACAUUCGAUUGAAAACUGCAUGUGGAACUAAUGAGUAUUACUGUAAUAUGAUUCAAGAUCUGUUAUGUCAGGAUGAUCAUAAAUUAAUGGUUCACUAAUUCAGAAGGUUUUUUUUUUUUUUUUCAAAAUUCCAUUAAACAGCAUUGCAAGGCCA